AUGAAGGGCGACGGAAGGUGCUUGAAACUCUUUCUUGCACUUUUGAUCCUUUUCCUACAAAACGUAAAAGGAGGAGAAGUUGGCCACAGCCACAACCACAGCCACAGCCUCAGAGAUGCUAAAGUGACAGUGAGGUGCAUAGAGAGGGAAAGGCAAGCACUACUUGCAUUCAAACGUGACCUGAUGGAUGUGUUCAAUCAACUCUCAACUUGGGGUUCAGAAGCCGAAAAACAAGAUUGUUGCAGAUGGGAAGGAGUCUAUUGUAGCAACCAAACUGGCCAUGUGAUUCAACUUGAUCUUGGAUAUUAUUCUUUCCAAGGUAAGAUGAUUAGUCCUAAACUGAUUGAGUUGCAGCAUUUACAAUAUUUGGACCUUGCAUUCAUUGAUUUCAAUGGGAGCCAAAUUCCAGAUUUCAUUGGUUCUCUAACCAGUCUAAGGUACCUCAAUCUCAGUUUCUGUUAUUUCAUUGGUCCAAUUCCAAGUUCGUUUCGAAACCUCACGCAAUUGCAACAUCUCGACCUCAGCUAUAAUCAUCUUCAACCAGAAAAUCUCAAUUGGCUCCCUGCUCUUUCUUCUUUAACGUAUUUGGACCUUUCAUUCAUUGAUUUCAAUGGGAGUCGAAUUCCAGAUUUCAUUGGUUCUCUAACCAAUCUAAGAAACCUCCGUCUCCGUUCCUGUCAUUUCAUUGGUCCAAUUCCAAGUUCGUUUGGAAACCUCACGCAAUUGCAAAAUCUCGACCUCAGCUAUAAUCAGCUUCAACCAGAAAAUCUCAAUUGCCUCCCUGCUCUUUCUUCUUUAACGGAUUUGGACCUAAGCGGAAGCUUCAAUGGGAGCCAAAUUCCAAAUUUCAUUGGUUCUCUAACCAAUCUAAGAAACCUCCAUCUCAGUUCCUGUCAUUUCAUUGGUCCAAUUCCAAGUUCGUUUGGAAACCUCACGCAAUUGCAAAAUCUCGACCUCAGCUAUAAUCAGCUUCAACCAGAAAAUCUCAAUUGCCUCCCUGCUCUUUCUUCUUUAACGGAUUUGGACCUAAGCGGAAGCUUCAAUGGGAGCCAAAUUCCAGAUUUCAUUGGUUCUCUAACCAAUCUAAGAAACCUCCAUCUCAGUUCCUGUCAUUUCAUUGGUCCAAUUCCAAGUUCGUUUGGAAACCUCACGCAAUUGCAAAAUCUCGACCUCAGCUAUAAUCAGCUUCAACCAGAAAAUCUCAAUUGGCUCCCUGCUCUUUCUUCUUUAACAGAUUUGUACCUAAGCAGAAGCUUCGAUGGGGGCCAAAUUCCAGAUUUCAUUGGUUCUCUAACUAAUCUAAGGUACCUCAGUCUCCAUUUCUGUAAUUUGGUCGGUCAAAUUCCAAGUUCGUUUGGAAACCUCACGCAAUUGCAACAUCUCGACCUCAGCUAUAAUCAUCUUCAACCAGAAAAUCUCAAUUGGCUCCCUGCUCUUUCUUCUUUAACAAAUUUGCACCUAAGCAGAAACAAUCUCAGUACUGUUUUCAAUUGGCCAGAAGCAAUACUUAAUAAGCUCCCUAAACUAGUAGCGUUGACCAUGGUGAACUGUAGUCUUCCUCCUCCUCCUACUCCAAUUCUUUCCACUACUCUUUACAAAACAAAUUCUUCUACAUCUCUUGCGUAUGUUUCUCUCUCUGACAACCAUCUCACUUCUUCAAUAUUUCUUUGGUUGUCCAACUACAGUACAAGCCUUGUUACUCUUGACCUCUCCAACUUUUGGACAAUGUUGAACAGAGCACUUAACUUGAUUGUUAAUGACUAG